CCGCCUCCCGCGACGCCGCUGGGAGUUUGAGCUCAGAGGCACUCUCACUGUUCCGGUUGCCCAGCGGGCGGCUGGGGCCAGGAUGGCCUCGGGCUCGGGGGACAGCGGGACCGCCUGCACGCUGGAAUUCGCGGUGCAGAUGACCUGUCAGAACUGUGUGGAUGCGGUGCGCACGUCCCUGAAAGGGGUGGCAGGUGUCCAGAGUGUGGAGGUACAGCUGGAGAACCAGAUGGUCCUGGUGCAUACCACCCUGCCCAGCCAGAAGGUGCAGAGCCUUCUAGAAGGAACAGGACGUCAGGCGGUUCUCAAGGGCAUGGGCAGCAACCUGCUGCAGAAUCUGGGGGCAGCGGUGGCCAUUCUGGGGGGACCUGGCUCCGUGCAGGGGGUGGUGCGUUUCCUACAGCUGACCCCUGAGCGUUGCCUCAUUGAGGGGACCAUUGAUGGCCUGGAGCCUGGGCUGCACGGACUCCAUGUCCAUCAGUUUGGGGACCUCACGAAGAACUGCAACAGCUGUGGGGACCACUUUAACCCUGACGGAACCUCCCACGGGGGCCCCCAGGACUCUGACAGGCACCGCGGAGACCUGGGGAAUGUGCUUGCGGACGCUGAUGGCCGAGCCACCUUCAGGAUGGAGGAUGAACAGCUAAAGGUGUGGGACGUGAUUGGCCGCAGCCUGGUUGUUGAUGAGGGAGAAGAUGACCUGGGCCGGGGCAGCCAUCCCUUAUCCAAGAUCACGGGCAACUCAGGGGAGAGGUUGGCCUGUGGCAUCAUCGCUCGCUCCUCCGGCCUUUUCCAGAACCCCAAACAGAUCUGCUCCUGCGAUGGCCUCACCAUUUGGGAGGAGCGAGGCCGGCCCAUCGCUGGGGAGGGGCGCAAGGAGGCAGCCCAGCCCCCUGCCCACCUCUGAGAGCGGCCUAGGCCUCAGGUCCCUCACUGUUCCCGCAGCCGAGCGCCUUCUCCUGAACAGCUAGCCACAGGGCUGCCGGGAUCACUGCGCUGUGCUCUUAGCAAAUUAAAGUGUUGUUGUCAUAGGGAACUUGGCGUUGUGUCCG